UUCAGACUGUGGAAGAUGGUAUGAUUUUUAUUGUAUAGUACACAACUAUUCCUGACAACUACGAAGCCGUGUAUCAAAAGAUGACUUGGCAAGGAGCCAGAGUUCUCGCACUUGGAUACAAAAACCUUGGUGAACUACAAGCCAAAGACGUAUGUAUAUAUAAACUAAAGGGCUUCCGCCAGCGAAUUAAGUUAUGUGCAUCGUGCAUAAAUUAUACAGUGGGCUUAUUACGCAUUCAGUCUGCCUGGCAAACUUUUACUAAUUCCUCAUCCAAUUUUACCGGAAUUUAAUAAAUUUCUCCUUUGGAAAUGUCCAUUAGUCCCAAAUAUUUUCGUAUUUAAUACGUUUGAUAUUUACUUUGAUAUCGGGCUGACAGACACACACAGAGACAUAACCUCCUAGGCCUGGCGGAGGUAAUAGAGAGUUUAGUUAAAGCUACGUUUACACGCUGCGAUUUGUCGGGCCGAUUUUGGUAAAUAAUCGAUGCCCAUUUUCGACAUUGAGCGAUUUAAACGUUUAAUUGAAGCUGUCCGCUCUUUCGUCUGUUCAUAUUAUAGUUUUCUGCGUGCGAAAAGUUUUCAACAACUUUACAACGGAAGAAAAAUCGUUGAAUCGUGAGAAAAAUCUGUGUUAGUGUUACAGAUUUUUCUCCCGAUUUUGUGAAUCGCAAGGUGCUGACGCGAGUACUCACGGCAGGUUAUUUACAUACAGCGAGAAAAAUCGGCCCGACAAAUCGCAGCGUGUAAACGUACCUUAAGUUCGACUUCCGACACCAAGACUGAUACCAACAACAGGUCAUGUGCAUGCGCUGCGCUCGCAAAAAGCGCGAGGACCAGCGUAUUGGAAGUCCGCCACUACCGAAGUCGUUCUUGUUCUGGAAGUCGUGGGAAUUGUAAGAUCAACUGAUAGAAAUCGGGUAUUUCAUAGUUUUUUUUCGAUAAACGCGAAAGCUAGUAUUCCAAAGGUCGUAGGUUCGAUUCCCACCGUGGCCAGGCAUAUUUUUCGAGCUUGCCCGGUGUGGAUGCACACUCAGAGUAACAUCACAAACAUUAUAUUCACCUGAGUACACAACACCAACACAAAAAAUCAUGAUUACCAGAUUACAUUGAUGUCGAAGGAACUAGACUCCGAAACAUCACAUACUCGAACCGACCUGACCGCGUAGCUCAGUUGGCAGAGCAUUGGGCUAGUAUUCCCGAAAGGUCGUAGGUUCGAUUUCCACCGUGGCCAGGCAUAUUUUUCGAGCUUGCUCGGUGUGGAUGCACACUCAAGCCUGGUUCACAUAUAUGCCUGCGACGUACCGGCGACGAUGCCGGUGGUAGCUUAAAACGUAAAUUAUGUGAAUAUUUGUUCGCCGAUUGCCUCCAGUGCCACAGUUACAUCGGCGGUAGGCCGGGAAAGUUGACUUGAGUUCAACUUUGCCGGUAUUUCGGCGGCAAGUAGAGGCAUAAUGAUACAGUCGCAGGCAUACCGCAGGCAUAUGUGAACCAGGCUUCAGAAUAACAUCACAAACAUCAACGAUAGUAUUUAUUAAUUAUAACAAAUUCAAGGUGAUAUCCCCACUUUGUUUCAAAAUAAUUUUCAAACCCAACUAUUUACACGUGUGCUCAGGUCAAUGUGCUCCAUAUAUAUCUGGAGUGGGAACUCGAGUCCAAAAAGUAACCCAAGAUAAAGAUAUUUUGACAUCAAUUUCAGUCCCUUUCUUCACUACGCGAUGAGUACGUAGCUGCCGGGAACGUGCCGAAAUUUCGUAUUUGACAUAUUAGAAAAUACUCGCAAAACAGAAGUGCUAAAGAUCGACAAACGAUGUGCCAUAUUUUUGAAGAAAUUUUAUCCAACCGAGUAAACAUCAUUAUUAACUUCUUAUUAACCGAACGCGAGGUCUGUACAAAAAGUCCGAGGUCCGAUAUUUCUCUGUAUACAUACCGAGCAAGAGAGGUUAAUAAAAAGUUUAUAUGGCAUUUAUAGGUAUAUAAUGCAUUGAUAUAAUAUUAGUAGCGUGGUACACAUUUGGUCGAACAAAACAAAAAUACCAAUGUAUUCCUUCUUUUCCACUAAAAACCAACCGUGAAAAUAACGGACCGCUGAAAGUGCUUCUCAUGCAGCCAAUCACAGUCCGCCAUUAGCAGGCCUUACAGCUACGCAAGCCUUUGUCUCAAAUUUCAAAUUUUAACCUGCGGACGGGCAUACUCAUAACGGAUUACCUGUUUAGCUAUACCGUCCGUUAGAAAAAACUGGAAUUAGCUGGGGGGGAUGCUAUGAAGACUGCUUACUGCCUUCAUAGAUUUCCGGACCCGUCUUUGAGAAAACCCGGACAUGACUUUUCAAACCCCAACUCGAAAUAGAAAAAACCCAGAUUUGAAUCAAGGACUCUGCGCACGAGAAUGAAAAGGUUUCCGCAAAGGUUUAACAAUAGUUAACAUUUCACAAUUAUUCGCCGAAGGCAAGGUGUUUAUCGGGGAAUAUUCGCCGAGACGAAGUCGAGGUGAACAUUCCCCGAUAAUCACCGAGCCAGAGGCGAAUAAUUGUUUUAGUAUUUUUGCACAAGUUUUUUUGUGUUUUUCUGGUCUGAAUUCAUUUUAAUUUCGCUUAUUUCUUUAUCAGUAACUUCAACAAAAAGGCUAGCCGCCAUUUUGAAAAUUUCGAUUUUGUUAUAUUCACCUGUAGGUGAAUAUAACAGAUUAAUACGUCAAAUUUGACCAAUCAACGUGUAGGAUUUGUUAUGUUCACUUGUGCAAAAAUACUAAUUCACAAUAUUUAACAUGGAUUGUUAUGUACCUUUCAAUAGUAUUCACAUAAAUUUCGCAUAUGAAAACAUAUAUUUACUCCAUCGAAGGCAGCCAUUUUGAAUUCCAAAUAAAUGACGCGUGUUUAGUGUAUUAGCGUUUUCCUUCGUGAUCAUAAUUCCUGCUUGCAAUCAGUGGCGUAACGUUCAUUAGGUAUGGUUAGCGGUUAAAAAACUAAGUGCCCUCGACAGUUAUAGGGGGCCCAUCAGCCACGGCCUAUCGCCCAGAAAAUUAGAAAAUGUAAAAAAUGCAGGUUAAGAAUCAAUGGGAAAAUGCAAAAUUAAUAAUGCUAAAGAAUUAAACCUCCAUCGACAACGGUAUCUGUUUUUUUUUUAUUCCAUUUCAAAUAAAACAAAAAUCAUUCUUAUUAGUUGUUACAUGUGUUGGAUAUUGUUACUGUUAUAGACAUGGAAUUUUCCAGAACAUUCUAUAAAUAUUCAAUAUAAAUAUAAUAUCUCAGUCAAACAAUGGCAACAGUCAACAGGGGCCCCCACACCAAAUAUGCCCAAGAGCCCCCUGUUCCUCCGUUAUGCCACUGCUUUCAAUAUGUACUUUUCUAAUUAUACUUUCACUUUGAUUCUGCCAAACCCCAUAGGUUUUCUCCGGUUUCUUCCUGCAGUAAUACUGGACCAAUAAAACAUGGUCUUUACUGGAUUUUGCUGGGGGAGGUGGGAAAUAUUUUAGGGGAGGUGCAUACACCUGGAAUGUUAGGGCUUAGAACGUAACCCCCUGAAGUUAACUGUGUGACGUAUGUGUGUACUGUACAGUGUACAUAUCUAUCAAUAUAUUCAUGAAUUAUACAACUCGUCCAAUUUCGCCUCUCGUAGCAACAUUGCAAAAUUUCUUUCGAAAAACGUCGUUACAAACUGUUUUUAAAAUUUUAAUAACAAAAAUUAAAGGUAGUUAGCUGUUAAGUUUGAGUCAAAUUUUGACUUUCAUCAUUUUACUUUUUCAAGGGAUGGUGCAAAACGAUUUCAGAGGAGCGAGGUGCGCGCCUCCCCCGACCUCCCCUCAAAAUCCGGUCAUGGUUUUCAUUUUAUGAAACCUUUUUCAGGCUUUCUUGCCAUCCUACUUUUCCUACUUUUUCCUACUUUUCUUCAACUUUCCUACUUUUCCUAUUUUUUAUUAAAAAUUGCUUGAUUUUCCUACUUUUUCCUACCUUUUCUCAUAAAAUCCUACUUUUUUAAGACAGCUUGGGGAAUCAGUAUAUGUUAUAGCGCUCGUAAUUAGAUCUAUAGGACUCGCAAUUUGUAUUCCCUAUUUGUGUCCCAGAUGAUAAGAUCUCAGGAGGAGAAGAAGUACAUUUUCCGAGUAUAUAAUUUCAUAGCAUCUCUAGAAUCAUAAUCAAUAAAUUAUGAAGACUCUGAAAGUGCCAUUUCCGACGAUCUAGAUAUUCCAAAUAUUCAACCCCCCCCCUCCCCAGUUAAUCAAGCAUCAUAUAUACAGAGCCGUAGCAGCCCCCCAAUAGUGUGCUAAUAAUCUAUUUUUUUUCAAAAUCAUGCAGACCUUUAUCAUUUAAUCCAUGACAAACUGCAAAGAAUGAAGAUAUUACCCAUACUUUCCUGCAACUUAUCCAAUAUAUUGUUAAUUAAAUACGCCUUCGCCCAUUUAGUACUACUAAAUGGUAAAUUUCGGCAUACCUAAAACCCAGUAAAACGCUAUUUUCUGACCAUUAGAAUUCUGUCAAAUCUUCCCCAAAGUCCAGGAAAUAGCAUUUCAGAGACUCUAAAUUUAAAAAUUUCCUCGGUCCUUCGGCCCUCGCUUUCAGCCCCCCCAAUCAAAUAGAGCUUCCUACCUCCCUGAUAUAUGCUCCUGCCGUAGUGUGGAUUGGUGCAUUGUGUAGCCCAAUACGUGCAUUUGAAUUCUGUUGCUGCAGAGCAGAUGAAUUUAAAAGUUUUGGGAAAAAAAAUCCUGCAUAGAUGAAUGAGUACAUAAAAAUAUUGAGCACCAAAAAUUCACACAACUUCCCCAUCAGAUAUCUAAUGGUCUACCCCUUACCACAUAUAUCCUAGGGGCCAAUUUUGUAUAUUUUUGUGUUAUUUGCAUCUCCAAAACUCCUACUUUUGUCCUACUUUUCUACACAUUUUCCUACUUUAUUCCUACUUUUCCUAAAAUUCUAGUCCUACUUUUGUCCUACUUUUCUACACAAGGAUGCCAGAAAGCCUGCUUUUUGGAAGGUUAGCCAAUAAAGGACUCUUCUCCAAAGAAUUAGAUCAGGUCUCUCUCUUUUUACUAACUGGCUUUAACAACUUUUGCCUGAAACUUCAAAAUCUUGUAUCUUUAGAUUCGAGAACUGAAACGCGGUUCUGUGGAGUGUGACUUGACUUUUGCUGGUUUUGUCAUUAUUUCAUGUCCUUUAAAAGCAACGUCAAGAAAUGCGAUCAAAGAAAUUCAACAUGCUUCUCAUCAUGUAAGUAUAUUAUUAUGCCAAAUUUCUACGUUUUGAAUGGCAUUUGAGAAAUAGGUGUUAUAUGUGGAACAUUGAAGAGCUACAUAUGACGUAAUAUAUGAACAACGAGAACGAGUGUUUCACCGGGAUACCCAAACACGAGAAAACAAUGUAUGGAAACACGAGCGCGAAGCGCGAGUGUUUUCAUACAUUGUUUUCGAGUGUUUGGAUAUCCCGGUGAGACACGAGCUCGAGUUGUUUAUAUGGCUUCUCAAAUGAAUCGAGACGUUUUCGUUUGUUCAUUUGAAUAGAAUUGUUUACCAAGCAUAACGUAAUUACUAAUUAGGAAUUCUAUUCAAGUAAUUUUGCAUGCGUAAUUAAGAUAUUUGAUGAAAACACUAGUGACUUUCAUCAAGUUUCACCGGGUUAUCCAAAUGGCAUCUUGUGAUCAAAUAGGUGAUUAUCAUUGGCUGAAUUGCUCAUGAAUUAUUAAUGAAUUUGAGAAGUUUACGACAAACUUCAAAUCGUGUUUUGAGGCCAACUGCUAGCUGUUCGAAGUUCGAACAAUUUGUGCAUUAAAAUUGAAGCUCCAAUUUGCUACUUAGUUGUCGAAAACUUGAAGAACUUACUUUCAAAUGGAAUUUAGGGUGUUAGCUACAGUAAAAAAUACAGUGUUUAAAAUUGUUCAACUUCAAAACUUUGCACAAAAAGAAUUGGAAACCCGAUCAAGUCAUACAUAUCUUGCCCUCGCAGAAUACACGCGCACUUUUCGCGCAUGUUCAAACAAUUUUUCCACCUGUUGACCUCACAAUAAUAUUUAAUAUUUAUAUUGCGCAAAUUAACAUGUUAUAGUAUAUGAUCAUGCAAAUGCGCAAAUGUAGUGAUAUCUCUGAUCUCAAAAUUAAGACUGGAUAGAGAAACCUUUCGAAUUCAGGAAAUUAAUUUUGAAGCCACUGAGAAUAUUUAUAAUGAGGAGACGUUUUUAAAUCUGCCACAUUCCUUACGAAUCGUUACGUGUUUAAAUUAGUUAUACUAUCAAGCAAAUAUGUUCUACGUAACUUGAAAGAUAUAACUUCCAGAUACUCUUCCAAUUUAUUUUGGACCGCUUUAAACAAGUGAUAAUGAGACUUGAGCUGGCCAUAAGAGAAUAUAUUUUCUCAUUUAAAGCGAAUCAGCCGUGCGGAAACUAGUUGUUCAGUUGAACACUUUCAUCAACCUCGUUCCCAGUCUCUUCCCUCUUGUAGCCUGGGAACGAGGUUGCGCUUUCAUAAGCAUAUUCUAAUACACCCUUUCCAUAAUUACGUCACACAUACUGGGAACCUCGCUCUCAUUAGUAAAUUACGCAAGGUUCACGAUUCAUGAGAGCGAGGCUCCCAGGCAAAUGACGUAAUAUCGAAAGGUUAUAUUCUUACAGAACUUGUCAUUUGGAUGUGCAGUGGAAAAUUCGAAUUGGCAUAUUGCACAUUCUCGUACCCAGAGCCCUUCUUACGCGUGGUCAACGGAGCGCGACGAGGGGCUCUGGCCAAAUCCAUAUCAAACUGGCAUCUGAUUGGCUACAACGAAGGUUAUUGUUCUAAUACCGGAUAUAUUCUUUCACCAUGUUUUUAUGGUAUCCGGUUUUGGCCAGAGCCCCUCGUCGCACCGCGAGUAAGAAGGGCUCUGGGUACGAGAAUGGCAUAUUGCACAGUCCACACACAACGAUGUAGUGAACUGGAACACAGACUAACCACGCUCGUUGUAUGAUGAGAUAGUACAGCUGGGUUUUUUAUUUCAUAGACUGUAAUGAUUACUGGCGAUAAUCCUCUCACUGCUUGUCACGUCGCUCAAGAACUCAAACUGACGAGAAAACAGACCUUGGUAUUAACAGCAUCUGGAGACAACUCUGGUGGUAUGUGUGUUUUAAGAAUUUAUAAUCUAAAACGCUUCAUUAUGUUGUCAGUUUGGCGGGCAAUUUCACUCUAAAUUUCUGGGUGUCGGUACAACAUCAAAAUGGUGUAAAUCUUUGCAGCUCUGUAGUCACUAAUUUACACUACGUUUACAUUUUAGAUGUUAUUAAAUACUAAUUUUGACUGAGUGUUUUUCAAGUAGACAGAUUCGUGAGACGUUUACGCGACGCAGAUUGACAAAGCGAUGGUCAAUGACAAUGUAAUUUUACGUAUGUUGUUAACCAGUUUUAAAACUUUUGUUCAGUAUGGUUUUAACGUUUAUUAAUAUUGUUCAAAAUCCUCGACUUGUCGAAACUCCAAACUACAGUGAAUGAACAGUGAAAUAUAAAUACUGUCAAUAGUACGGUAGCGAUUUAAAACAAACUGUAAAACGAUGUAAAAAAAAGCCUUUCCGUAAGGAAUCCGAAUCAAUUUACUUCCGCGUAUGUUUUCAAAUUUAUUAUUUAGCCACAGCAUAUUGAAUUCAACCGCCACACAGGGUCAAAACAUCGCAUAAGAACACUACCAGGGAUAAAAUUACAUUGAUAUAGUCUUGAACUGUCUGUGCCAAUGUAUGUAAGGAGAAUUCCUUAUAUUAUUCAGGUAGUUGCUACCAACGAAAGCUUGAUACUUUUCAAUUUGAAUUUGGUACGAUAGAGUAUACUGAUGUUGUUUUUCUCAAGAUAAGCACUCAAAAAUUAUUUCGCCGGCUUGUGUCGGCUUCGGCAGAAAAUUUCCAGCUCCAGCAAAUUUGUGAAAAUUCGAAAUUUCAUGAAAAUUUCACAUUUCAAAUUGGAAGCACUAUCUUUGUUUUUGAUUUUAACACUUCACAUGCACAUUUCGUACCAUCGAAAACAUGAUUGAUAUACAUGGUUGAUAUACAUACACGACUUUAAAUUUCUUACAAUAUUUGUGACAAGCCUAAGCAGUGUCAGUGCGAAUAUUCAGGCCUUAAAAUAUCGGUCGGUCACGGACAUUGUCCGACCCAUUCGUGAAAUUGUCCGACGUAGGGAGGAAACUAACGGACAUUCUGUGUAAGACCUAAGUUAAACUGAGGUUUAUUGUUUGUCCGUCCCGAGUGUAUUGGUGUCCGACCUAACUGUAACUUUGUCCGACGUAAAUCAAAAUGUACCCUAGUCCAGGACUAGAGACUCUUAUGUUAAAUGAAGAAUCAGAGUAGUGUAUCAAAAGUGAACUGGAAAUGUUGUUCUAAUGUAAUCGAGGGCGGGGUGGCGAAUGAAAUGGUGAAAUGGAAAACGGGCUUAAGUUGUUUGUGCUGUUACUGCUAGCUAGCUGUUCUUGGCAAGCAAGUUAAUUUUGGCUUGGAAAUAAGUAUGAAUGACACAAAUUAUUUAAUAUCUUCACAACAUUUGCCGUUCAGAAUGAAUACAUUGUGCGCUGAUAUUAAUGUGUUGUCAUUCAGAUUUAUUUCAGAGCCAAACUGAACUGAAGGUCAACGGACUAAUUCAUACACAUGUCCGACUCAAAGUCAUCGGACAUUUUGUCAGACGCUCCUGUAAAAGAUAUUUUAAGGCCUGGUAUUUACUUUUUCGUUGAUGGAUUCAUGUUUUUUCGCCGUUGUCCGACAGUAGUUUGCAGCACAAAUAAAUACUGCCAGUGUUUUCAAUAGGAGGCGGUUACCGGCGGUUUACCGCCGCCUAUUUCACCUCUGACAGCCAGUUAUUUUUUCGUUUACUGUAAUUUUCUAGCGACAUUAGAUUGUAUUAUUUUAUUGAAAAUAGUAUAAAGCAAGUAACUAGCGAUCCAAGGAUAGUGUAAAGUUUCAAAUUGAAAAAGACACGACACGGCAAGAACUGUAUAAGGUCGCCGACAACCUAGAACAUUAAGAGCAGGCAUAGGCUAAAGCAGCCAUAGGCUAGAGUAGGCACGUUACUAAAAAAUGUGGAUUAGAACAACGUUUUUAGGGGAUAAACAAUUCCUUAUCACUCCCUUCGUAACUCGUUUAUUAAAUGUUUAAUUGCAAGAGCUCUUAUUUGGGCAUGACGACUUUCUGUUUUGUAAAGUUGAUGGCUUACACUACGAAAUAAACAGUUACCAUGAUCCUCUUGGACAGCAUACUCAUGCAUGUCUUUUCAAAAAUGGACUCGAAGGCGUACUAUUACCUACACUAAUCCUGUACAGAUGAGUAUUAUAUUAAAAGUUAAUAUUAUCACUGAAAGUAAGAGCAACAUAUUAUUACAAAAGUUUAAGGUGGGGAGAAGAAAGAAGUCCAAAUCAGUCUUAAAUUUAUAGGAUGCAUGCAGAUUGCGUUUUACUGAAAACCUAAAAAAGGGUUGAAAUUUGGCUUUCACUUGAAAGAUUUGAACGCAGACGCCUAUUUUUGAAAUGCAGCCUGCUAUGAUGAUUAUUAUUAUUGAAAACACUGUUAACUGCUGGAGUUUUGCCAGCGUUGAAUAAACUCCGGCUCUGGCAAAAUUUAGGCCAAAACUGCGACGCACAAUGCUGUAGAGGGGACUCUGAACAACACGUCAAGAAUAGUGUGCGCUCGGCCGGCAAAAAUAUAUUUACUCACGGUAGCCAUUCAGCAUAAAAGGUGAUUUUCAGUCGGCCGUCUUAUAACAUGAGUAAGGAACAAUAUUUACAAAAAAGCGAUUUAUAAAUCAUGCCAAGAUUUGUUAUUUUACCGCCAACUUUAUAAUUUUUAAAAAUUUUUUUAUUUGUAUAUAACAUGAUAUUAAUCAAUUAAUUAUUUAAAGUGUGUCGAAAGAGAAGUAUAGACGAUAUGUCUUCGAAAAGCACAAAGUUAUCAAGCUCUUUCCUUGCUUCAACUAGAGAAAUUUCCCAAAUAGGUCACUUUAACUGCCAAGGGGAAACGGCGUGUCAAACAACUCUCUUUAUAGGCUUAAAUUUGCUAAGCUGCACGGCAUUUUCGCCUUUUAAGUAUAUAAACAAAAUAAGCUUAGCAACUAAUUACCAUGCACUUGUACAUUAACGACGCAUUCACUUGUUUUCGACCCGAAAUAGCAGGACAAACUUUUCCUUUAAUAAUUGAAAAAUAAAUACAUAUAUUAACACAGUUAUCCUUCUUCAGAAGAACAAAUGUGGUGCUGGCAAUCUUUGGAUAAAACUACUACACUUCCCUUGGUACCUGAUGGAGGAGUAAAAAAGUUGAAACAAAACUUUGAUCUAUGUGUUACUGGUGAGGUAAGAUAUUUGAAGUCUCUAGCCUGUAUAGCAGCGAGCUCCAUGGAGCGAGAACUCGGAUAAUGCCAAGAUGGCGGAAAUUGACGUCCAGUGCAAGUUCCUUUCUGUUGCAAGCAGUGUGCCGAAGUUCGAGUUUGAUUUAAAGAAUAAUAUUAUGGUCUAAUGAACUGAUAACUUGAUUAGCCAUACGAUGCGUUGGAAAAUACUGGGGGCCAGUGGGGAUAGUGUGAAAACUGUUUACGCCCUUUAUAGACUUCGGACGUCAAUUUCUGACUUCACUUUUCUCAUGUUAGGCCAAAUGAGUGAUGUUCUUGAGGAAAAUGUCUGGCAUCACCAGCACUCAGCAGCAGCACGCGACUGCCAGGAAUGUUUUAACAAAAUUUCUUCAUAGGAAAUUUUCUUCCAUCUUGCUGGAAAUUUUUGUCAUCUUGUAUAAUGGAAUGGCAAAUAAUUUGCCAAGUAAUUUACUUAUUGUAAAAGUUCCAAAAGCGUUUUGCAAGUCGAGAUUGUCUUGUGCAGAUCUCCCAAUCUCGUUCCCAUGCAGAGUAUGCCUGUUUGCGGUACAUAACCCGCGAACAGGCAUACUCUGGGAACGAGAUUGCAUAUCUCCAUGCAUGCACAUGUUCUCUGCAAUGUUACAGGGGACAGUUUUUGCUGAACUUGCAACACACUGUUUUAUUUUUUGUCAUUAAAAAAUUGUCUCAAGAUUACUCGCAGGGAAUUUGUGAACAUGGCAGGUAUUCUACUAUGCCGAGAUUUUCUAUCCCGUUUCUUUCUUUUUUCAUCCCAAUAAGAGUAUGCUAUGUUUAAUGAAAGUCUUAGCAAAUCACUGCAUAUGGGCCACGCUCACAAUUUCUCAGCGAUUAAACCUUUUAAACCAGAGGGCACUCGGAGACUGUAUGCCGUGAUAUGUAUCAUACAUAAAUUAUACAAUGGGCUAAUUACUUAUUCAGUUUACUCUUUCUGACAAACUUUUCCUAAUCUUUCAUUCAAUUUUCAUCCAAAUUUUAAUAUAUUUUUCAUUGGGCAAUGUAUAUAUUAGUCUCUCAUAUAUUCGUAUUUACGGUUUGCAAUCAAUCCCUUGAGAUUUAUAAGACAAAGAUACGGUUGCCACAUCCAACUACGAUAGCUGCUAAUAAUAUAGCCUUGCGAAGUUUGCCGUGUUUCAGUCAUUUUGCAUUACGCGGGGGAAAUUGAUGUGAUGGUGUGAAACUGAACAACUGAAAUUUUUGUUUCAUUUGAAAGAACGUUUAAAAUUAGUUAUAAAAUCUAUGUCUUUAUUUUUCAUACCAACCUUAACUCUUGAAAUAUAUUUGACUGAAAGCAAUGAGCUGUCCGUCAUCUUGGAUUAAUUCUUAACAUCUUCGUUUUGAUGACGUUUUAUAAAAUUACUUCUAAGUACACUCAGAGUAACAUCACAAACAUCAUAUUAUUCACCUGAGUACACAACACCAACACAGAGAAAUCAUAUUACUAGAUUACAUUGGUAUUGAAGGAACUAGAUUCUGUUCCGAAAUGUCACUUACUCGAACCGUCCUUACCGCGUAGCUCAGUUGGCAGGGCAUUGGGCUAGUAUUCCAAAGGUCGUAGGUUCGAUUUCCACCGUGGCCGGGCAUAUUUUUCAAGCUCGCCCGGUGUGGAUAUACACUCAGAGUAACAUCACAAACAUCAUAUUAUUCACCUGAGUACACAACACCAACACAGAAAAAUCAAAAGUUUUCAAUUAAAAUGUCUUUAUUCCAUUUCUGGUUCAUAUUGAUCACUGGACGUGUUACGUAAUUUACAUAUUCGCAAUAAUCCAAGAUGGUGGACAGCUCAUUGCUUUCAGUCAAAAUAUUUCAAGAUAACAAGCAAGAUAUGAAAACUCUGUAACAAGGUUUUAUAGAAAGCUUUAAAUGUUCUUUCGAAUGAGACAACAAAAAAUUGUGUUACCAUUGUCCUUUAAAAGGCCAUUUGAGGCAUUUCUCUCGAAUACAAAAAUCAGCUGCAUUACAUUAAACUAUUUAAAGAUGAUGUCCACUCCUGUGCACAUGCGCGAACUUUGUUUACGUUUUGAACUGCUAUAUUUGUAAAAUAUGAUAUACUAACUGAAUAUAUAACACUUUUCUGGUUCGCUAUGCUUGUAAAUGAAUAUAAACUGUACAUUUCAAUUCAAAAAAGUUCGAAAGAUGCAAAAUUUGGGCAAUGUUUAUAUCUGGGGGUCUCCCUUUGUUAUGAGCAGAACUGAUGCGCAGAACGUAGUGGAAAUCAUUUUUAAAUUUGGCGGAAAUUCGACUCCUAAAUCAGUCCUAAAUUAUUGUUACUUUAAACUAGCUUUCUGUACACCAUCCCAUGAAAUGAACGUCGUUUCCCAAAGUCAAUAAACAUGUGAAUAAAAAGUGUAACUUUUGUUUCAGGCUUUCCCUUUGCUGCAAAGUAAUGGCCCACUCAGCAAAUCGUUGUCGCUACUUUGGCCUGUUGUUAAAGUAUAUGCCAGAGUUGCCCCAAAACAAAAGGUUUGUCAAUGAAAUAUUACUGAAAUAUAUCGUAUCUCAAUAACCAAUGAGAAAAUGGUCUCAUCGUACUCUUAAGUUACAUGAUGAUGAUAGACUCUAUUUAACAAUAGACGGCCUCCCAACACCUGAAAAUGUGCCAGAAAAUUAAUGUGAUGGCAUUUUCGUAACAAGCUGUCAACUAGCAUUUUCUUAUAAACUAGACCAUUAGAGAGUUUGCAAAAAAGUAUGUAUAAAACAUUUAAGCCAAUAGCCUAGUAUGAUUUUCGUGGCCGAUUUAAAAAUGCACUAAUUUGUGCAGUAAGUUUAACUCGAAACCGGCUUGAAAAAUUGCACUAUGCUCAAAUAUCUUAUAGUUAUAUUUACUAUUUUACGAACUUGUGCAAAAUGUAAGAAUUCUAAAUUCUCGGCUAUAUUGCUAAAAUCAGACGUGCCAACAUAUAGUCUUGUUCACCAAUGUUUAAAGCCAUAAGAAAAUGUAUGCAGUAACAAAAAAUUCCAUCAGAAUGUACUUUCAGAAGGUCGGCCGCCGGUCGUUCACAUUGUCAGAUAAACGUUUCCUUACGUCGUUAUCAAAUGCGCUACGAAAGAUAAUACGAAUGGUAUAUUUUACUGUUUGUUUUGUUUCUCUAAACUCUCUCUUGCUUCAUACAAACUAAAACAAAAACCCAGGAAAAGAAAGGAAAAUAAGGUAUAUUAGGGCCUUAGCUAGGAAUACAUUUUUUAGGAAUGUUUCUAAAAUUCAGGGGCCGUGCACAAGCCAAUUACCCAGAAUAGCAAAUGCAUGCGGUUCGAAUUAUGCUUGCAAACAAUAGACCACAGUAUGUCUCAUGUGAUUAGACCAAAUACAAGGCCAACAUAUGAUCAAAUUUUACACUAACAUUACUAACUUCUUAUUAACCGAACGCGAGGUCUGAACAGAGAAAUAUCGGACCGAGGUGUUUUUUGUACAGACUGAGCCCAGGCGAGGUUUGUACAAAAGGACCGAGAUCCGAUAUUUCUCUGUACAUACCGAGCAAGCGAGGUUAAUAAAAGUUUAUUAUAUGGCAUUUAUAGGCAUUUAUACUUGAAACAAGCAAGAAAUGCAUGAUUUGAAAUGCAUAUUAGUAGCGUGGGGCACAUUUGGUCGAAGAAAACAAAAAAAUACCAAUGUAUUCCUUCUUUUCCACUAAAAACCAUUCGCAGAUAUCUAAUUAAUAACAAAGUAAAUUAUGAUUUUCAAAUUUUCAAUUAGUUUUGCUGUUUUGUUUUAAAAUACAUGCGUUUGUUUCCAUUAUAAAAUAAUGGACUGCUGAAAGUGCUUCUCAGCCAAUCACAGUCCGCCAUUUCACCGGAAGUGAUGCUUGCCAUAUAAUGAAAUGAGUUAUUACACAUAUAAACCUGACAUAAAAACAUCAGGAAUUUCCACAAAUUAAAUUGUACAAACUUUCAUACAGGAUAUUAACUAACGUUCUUUUUGAUGAACCCACACGGCUUUGUAUAAAUCAGCAACCCGUGUUCGAUUUAUUUUACAAUAUAAUCGUGCGAUUAAUAUACAUCAUCGUUGAGCCGCAUGAAAAACGAUGAUAAUCGAAUAAAAUUUUUCACAGGGCAAGUAUAUCAAGUAUGGCUGACAUUUUUAGAGUCGCCGCAAGUUACGAGCCCUGGAUGGCCAAAAUUACUUAUAUUAUACUUAUAACAAGACAUCUCCAAAAACAUGGAGAACAGUAAAACAAUCCCCAACAACAUGGAGAACAGUUCGAAUAUUAAAAUCCAAAAAAACAUGGAUAACAAAUAUAUAACAAUCUCCAACGAACGUGGAGAACAGUAGAAGAGAACAAAAUAAAGCAAAAGUCUUACCUGUUUAAAUUAAAAUGAUAAUAAAAGAUAUCCAACUAAUUAUAAUAACCAACAUAUCAACCCCAAUGUCUCAGGCGGAAAGGCAAAAAAUUCCUGUUAGCAAGCAAAUAUUCUAUUUUUGAUGAACCCACACGGCUUUGUAUAAAUCAUCAACCUGUGUUCGUUUUAUUUUGACGCGUUUUUACAGUUUUGGCCGCGCUAUAUUUGUCAUAGGAAUUCGUGGUAACGAAGAUGAAAAGUCUUGGUUAUGUCACUUUGAUGUGUGGUGAUGGAACGAACGAUGUUGGAGCUCUCAAACAUGCUGAUGUUGGU